UGGGCUUUAUGGUGGAGUCAACAAAGCAGGUCUCUGCCCUCUGAGCUGGCUCUUGGGGGCUUUUUGGAAGGAAUCAACUUAGGUAACCUCAAGUGACCAGUCUUCAAGUUUGAGCUUGUCUUGCAUAUUGUUUGCCUCUGCUGCUCUAAUGGCUGUGUUUCAUCUUCUAAUGAUCACCUUCUGGAGUGCAGGGCUUCUCAGAGAGUAGGUGUUCCUCAGCUACCACGUAGCCUGUUUGAGCAGCCUCUCUAAAACAAACGUGAUACCAGCACUUGUCUCUGGCACCAAGGUGUGCAUGUUCAGGAACCCACCAUGAGGUAUUUCUGAAUUACUCCUUUACUCCUGAAGUGCGUUGUCAAAGACAGGGCUGUAAAAGCAGCUGCUCUCAGUUUUGACCUCCAGGGGAUGGGCAGUGUGUUUUGCUUUUCAUUCACACCCUUUUUAACUCUGUCAACCUUUCCCUCUGUUUCUUCUUCCACUAGCUCUUCCAAGCCCAAUUUGGGAGGAUGGUUCAGAGACCCAGGAGGCCACGUAAAAAAAGAAAAGGUCCUGUCAGAGCCUCGGCUUGGGAGCCUUGCCUUCAGUGAAGGCGGGAGGCAUGGCGGUGCUGCUUUGGCAGUGCACUUUUUCAAGUGCUGUAAAGCACGAGGCCAGCUGAGCUGGCAUGUACUUUCCCCUCUGCUGUGAGGGGAAGGAGCAGAUGAGGAGGAAAUACAGCUGUUCCAGAGCACUUCUGCCCUCUGUCCAGCCCGAGCAUGUGAGGGGGGAGGACCUCCGCAGAAAGAGAGACUCAGGAAGAGAGUAUUGGAGGUUGGGGAGGGGCUAGGGGAGGAGAGGCGAGGAAAGCGACAAAUGGGGAAGAAAAGCUCUUUAUGUAUGCACAAAUGUUAUCUAAAGAUCUGUUUAGCUAGAGCAAGAGCAAAUAGCCUGAAAUUAUGAGACUCUAUCUCUUGAGUCCCUGUUAUUGUUCCUCCAGAAAGUGCUGCUUUUCAUUCCUCAAGUAUUAUGUGUGUUUCUGCCUCACUCUUCUAGGCUCUUCAGCAUCCUCUGACCUCAAGCUGAGCAGGACGUUGCCCUUAGCUUCUGCCUGUCAAAUGUGUAGUUCUCUGUGUUGUACAUGAAAUGAUUAUUCCCAUAGUUGGUUAAGGCAAGUUUCUGAGGAAUGUGAAGCAAGAGGCAUGCCAGUUCCUGUGGCUAGCCUUGACUGGAGUGCAGGCAUUUUGGGACAGGGGCUGUGCCUGGAGGCUGUGGUUGCUCUGUUAUCCUUGGCAGCUUAGGGAUCCCUGCCUCUGCUCCUGUCCCUCCCACCCUUCUCUUAUGGCUUAUUGCUGCUCACCUGUUCCUCUGCCUGUGCUGCAGCUGCUUCAGCCUUUCCCAGUUAUUUCUGGGGUUGUGCUGAAUAGCUCAGAAGUCUGAGUAAAGAGGAGAAGAGCGAGCUGCUACUCCCUUGUCUGUAGAGAAGUUCCCUCUCAGCCCUGUGCUGACUGCAUCCUGCUUUGAGAUCCCUCACCCUGACAACUGGGAAUUAAAGUAGUUGAAGCUCUCCAGCUAUAUCCUAAUUACUGCUGCUGCCUUGCUAUUUCUUCUGAAAUUGCACUUCCAUCUUUCUCCAGGAUUAGUUUACUCUCUGAAUGGCAUCAAGUAGUAAGGUACGGUCUUUGGGGGCUGCAUGGCCACAAGACCACUAAACUUUUUUUUUUUUUUCUUAAUGGAAAACCCAGUUACCUACCCCAGUAGGGUUUCACUGCUUCUACCUGUGUAGUACAGACAGAACUGAAAGUGUGCAUCUAAGAAAAGGUAUUGGCUAUGGAAAGAGCAAUUUCCCACCUGUGAUAAGAGUAUGAUCUUUGCACCUGAUGACAUCCAGACCCUGAAAAGGCCACUGAGAAGCAUGAGCAAUGCUAAUCCCUUUGAGAAGGGAGCAUGCUGCAGUAUUUCUCUGUAUUGCCUACACUGCAUAGAGUUCUAACAGCUAUUUUGUUUUGUACCCUGCUUGUAUAAACACCCAUCUGCUUUGUGGGGAGAAAAUAGUGUCUGUUGGUGUUGUCUGACAAUUGUGACAUGACAGGAAGGCAUAGGCUUCCUUUGGAGCACAUGUUGUUGAUGGCAUACAUGUACAAUUUAGUAAAAUGUCUUUAUGCAGCAGCUUUGAGAAAUGUUCUGUGCUUUUAACUACCUUGAAUCUUCAUCUGGUUAAUGGACUUAUGUACAGAAACCAUAUGAAAUAAUGAUGCAGCAGAAGGGUGAGUUUCUUUAAAGUUUGUGCUUUUGCCAAGGUAAACAUAUCUUAGUUGUGGCUUCUUCACAAUAAUGAAGUGUUAUCAAAAUUCAAAUCUAAUUAAAUACUUCUGUGUUCUUUCUACUGAUUUCUCUUAUUCUUGACUCCAACACUUUCUCAUUAUCUUCAUCUGGUGCACUCUAACAUGUGGUCUGUGGGAUCUGUUAUCAAAAGGACUGUUUACUGUCUUGGUUCAGAACCUGUGGUGCUAGCUGUGUUUGAGUAGGGGUGUGGAGACCCAGUAUAUGGGGAGAUAAUUAAAUUCUGGGAUGGUAGAACAGAUUUUGGUAGUACUGAAGACGUGGAUACUAUAAGUAGCCACAACUCUUCAAGGCAGCCAUCUGUCCUGUGUGCAGUUAACACCUGCUUGUUUAGCUCCUUACUUCAAAGAGGUAUGUGAAAACCUGUUAUUGAACAAUAACUGCUGAACUGUUAGUUGGCAAAUAGCCCAGAGAAGGCAUUAUUAAAAAGUAAAUUUAAUAAAGAUGUCUAUAAUCAUGCUUUAGUAGGCAGCUUUGUUUAAAGUAAUUUGUAUGCUCAUGGUGACCAGUAUGAUAGUGCAGUUCACCAGGUACACACAUGCAUUUGUCUGGGUAUCUGAAGAGCAGGAAGGAGAAGUAACAAACUGUUUACUCCGUCAGUACUCCGUUGUGAUCCUCUUGGGGACUGUGUUACUGCUGCUGAGCUGAGAGUGAAAUCUGAAUAGUAAAAAGGUAAUUUUUUUUCAGCAGCAAUAACCCUGAACAUCAAGGCCCUGAAGGUGCUGGAGUUGCUCCUCAUCCUUGCAGGCACACAAGUCUGCAAGUGCAGCUGUCCUUGGGCCUUGUCCAGCACAGUUCACAAAGAUCAGUCAAGAGUGUCUCUGAGGCUGGAGGCGCAAGUGGCGGGGGAGCAGUUUUGUCUAAAUCGGAGAGAUCAAAGGAGUUCAGAAUAGAAAGUUUUUCCUAAUUCCUGGAAGGAGAUAAACGGGAAGCACAAGGAGUAGUUUGAGAGUCUGUUUUGUAAUACUUAACUCAGCCAUAACUUCAUUAGUGUUCUUCAUUUGGAUCCAAUUGCACAUCAGUAUGCUUUGGAGUUAAAAUGUAUAGUUUUGUAAUUCCUUAAACUACUAAUGUUGUGGAAGCAGAAGUUCCUGAGUUUUAAUGUGUUCAUGUGCACCCCUCAUUUUUGAUCUGCUCCGUGUGUGUAUGUAUGUAGCUCCCACCAUUUCCUUCUUGGGCUGAAGCCCAUGAGAAGGGCCCUCCCGUGUGCCCGUGCAUGCUUUCAUGAGAGCCCUCUUUCUGUUUGCGCUAAGCUUGAGCUCAUAACUCCUGCUGAAGGAGCUACAGGAUAUUCUUCAACGGGAAGUAGUACAGAUGUUAAAAGAAAUGCUCUUAGCAGCUUCAGUGAGCCCAAAAUAGCUUCUGCGUGUUUCUCUUAUGAUAAGUUCGGGAAAGGGGGUGAUUCCUUCUUCUUCCCUCUCUGUAAUAUUUUGAGUGCUGAAAUCCUCUUGCCCUGAAGAGCAGGCAGUGUGGAGCAGGCUUCUCUGUAUUCUUCUGGACCCUGACUUAACAGGACCAGAAGUGAGCCCUAAACAGAAAUUGCAUUCCUUGGCACAGUGUCCUCCUUCCUACAACAAUUUCCACUGAGGUCCUUGGUGGUGAGGGGUGCUAACCACUGAAACUGGUUUUCCAGAGGGAUUGUGGAGUCUGUUGUUGGAGAUGGUCAAAAAACUGGAUAAGGCCUGAGCAAUCUGCUUGAAGCCAGGUUAUCCCUGCUCUGAGCUAGAUGAGAUCCAGCAGUUCCAGCUGGCUGUUUGCCAUGUUUCUGCAUUACUGGGGAAGUAUGGCUGCCUUUGUCUGUCCCCAAAACCAGUGGGAAUAAAUGUAGUCUUAAAAUAUCUGAAAACAGCCUUGAGAAUUCUGAAUAAAGACUUCACAAAUUGAAGUAUGUAGAGAAGCAUAGCGUAAGGAGGUAAUUUUGCUCAAAGUCUCAUAACAGCAGGUCAGUAAUAGUGCUGGGAGAGGAUCAUAAAUCUCCUGGCUGGCAGACUAGUGCCUUGGUAGCUAAAGAUUUUGUCUUCACACGUAAAACUACCUCCUUUCCCUACCCAACUAUUUUCAGAUCAUUUGGCAACAGAGACUACACUUACCUGCUGAGAGAUAUUUUCUUUUUAAAUUUUUUUGCCUUAUCAGUUGUGCUCAUAGGGAGUUUUAGUACUAAAGAAAAAUGUAGUGCAUUGACUUUUUCAGAAACCUAGAAAAUUUGAUCUGGAAAAGAAUUUGGUGAAAUAAAGACAAGAGCUGCGAAGGAAAUUUUUAGAAAAUGAUGUUAUUCCCAGUUAGUUGCACAACAAUUAAUCUCCUAUUUUUUAAGAGCAGAAAAUAACAGAUGAAGCUGUACACUGAAUCCAAGUUUGACUCUCUCUUUGUUUAAAAAACAAAAAUCGCUUGAAAACUUCUAAAAAUCUGGAAGCUAAGAAGAACACAGAUCAGCAUUUUAGAGAGUAUCAUGGAAGGAGUUAAGCUGUGAGUUAACUGCAUCUGUGUUUCAAAUCCAAAUGCUACGAACAAGGCGCCAUUCAGAUCUUCAGUUAUAAGUUAUACUGAAUUCGUUAUGCUGCGUUUUUGAAUUCUGUUCAGAGGAGAAAAAAGAAAAUCAUGUCCGAUGAAAAAAAAAUCAUUACUCUUGUUUUGGUAGCUUGUUUUUUAAGUGAUGAAGAAGGAUUGGAUUCUUUUUUUUUUUUUUUUGGUCUAGCACUUACACAGGUCAUCUGCUAAGUAUUAGCAGCUGUGGAGCUGUGGAGUUGCAUAAGCAUAACUAAAAGUCAGUGGAGCCUUGCACCAUUCUGCAGAUCUAUCCAUUGCUUAUUCUCCACAACAACAGAUCAAUUUUGUAGCUCAGUUGACACAAAUCCCUAAAUGUUGAGAGGGCAUCAGCAAGCAUGGCAAGUUGGGAAAUCCUUUAAGUCAUGGAAAUCAGAUAGGAUAAUGCAUUAUUUUAUUGUUGCCACAACCUGCUGUCCAAUUAGACAUGUGCCUUGGUGUUCUGUGAAGAGAGCUGUGUCAGAGUAAUGCCCUGGAACAGCUGAGCCUGCCAGCGAUAUAAACCUGAUUUGUCUGGGCAGCUUUGCUUGGAAGAUGGGUAUGGGUGCUAUGCCUGGCUGCUGCGGGAGCAAGACAAGUGUGAGUGCUCACACAUGUAUCCCAGAUUAGCCAUGCUUAGUGAUAUGGCUGAAUACAACGGUCUCUUUUAAGGGUUAGAAAAGUCAUCUUUGCAUGUAUGGAGCUGAGAGCCUGGAAUGUCUUGGCAAGGGAAUACCUGCAGUGCACAUGUGAGUGUGUUGGCAGCAGCAGCAGCCCGAGGCUGGCUGGUCCAGCCUCUGCCCCCAGGUUUUUGAUACUGGCUCAGCACACUGCAGGAUUUGGUUAGCAGGAUGUGUUUCUUUUCACUGAACCUGAGGUUACAGAGAGCUUAAUCUCCUGUGGUUCUGACUUUUAAGUCACAGAAUAUGUAAUGAAUUUUCUGAUCUAGACUCUGGCUUUGUUUUCAGUUUUGUUGUUUUUUGGUUUUUUUUUUUUGUCUUUUCUUUUGCUGCUUUAAAGAUCUCCACAAGCAAGAAAGACUCUGAAAGGAUGAGUACAGUGUUACUAAAAUAUGAUCCUUACAAUACUUUUUCUUGGAAAUUAAGGAGAUAAAAUAAGUUUCAGCAGAUAGUGUCCCUCUAGACCAGUCCAUGUUCCUGGUGGCUCAGAGCUAAGCCCUGUUCCCUCUUUCAGGACUUGAAGAGGAGUUUGGCUGAGCUCCCAUUUUUUCCCCAACCCUUCUAUUUUUUUUCCUCUUUUUUUUCCUUCCCCCCCACCCCCACCCCUUUUUCCCCUGCCAUUUUUAAAGGAGUGAUAUGAACAAUUAAGUGAGGAUGCUUCCCCAGUUAAGUGGUGUCUGUGCUGUUUCUGCUGGGAGUGCUUCAUUUGCUCACCUCACCAGCAGGCUCUGGUGGGACCUUUAGCUGCCCUUCAAUUGCCUUGGUCCCUGAGGAAGGCUGUAGCACUCCAGAGUUGCAAGUGUGGCGUGGAUCAGGAGCCUUCCUUUUUGAGUAGUCUGAUCAGGAUGGUAGCUGUUUGUAACUAGCACCAGCUAGGUAGCUGUUGAGCAGAAAGACGUGGAGGACAAUAAGUAUAUGGUGGUGAGGAGAAGACAGGAUUGCUUAUUCCCCCACCUCAGCUAGUAAUUAAAGGGUACUAUUCUUUGAUGCCCUUUUGGUUCAAUUUGAUUUGCAGUUUGGCAAACUUGGACAGCAUCAGCCAUGUAGUACUGAGCUCUGAGCUCUACUGUCCUGUCUUUGGUUUACUCCAACUGAUCAGUCCUCCUGUGACCAUCACAUCAGUCAUUGCUCUCCUCAUGUCCUCAUUACCCACCACGGACUGACCUACUUUGCCUAACAUAUUCCCAAAACUGUUUUUUGGCAUAGGAAUGCAAAAUUGAGAAUUUUCACUGUUACUUUCACAUUUGAAGUUACCAGAGACAGUUUUCACAGGAAGUAUUAAAUGUAAACCAAAAAGGCUGCUGUGUUGUAUAUGUUGUAAGAAGCCACUUGCUCGCUGUAAGUGAGCUUGCGUGACUCAAUGUAGUGGUCUCUUUAUAUGGAUCUCUAUUUGGUCAGGUGCUCCUUCAUGUAUUUUGUAUGAUCGAGUGCUUUGUCUUUUAAUUUUAAGACCCCUGAGAUAGGGAAUGCAUUUGAGCAGUGCCCUGUAGAAUACAUUUUCAGUUUCCAGUGGGGCGAAAUGAAAAAUCAAAGGAUAGCAAUGUGGUGGUGUCCAUGUGUGAUUAUUCCAGUGUUAGAGAGAAUGCCAUUCAAAUGAGGCACACAGGCAACACCUACCCGUAUAUCAUUGUUUAUGUCUGCAGGUUACAUUUUAAAUCAUUCCAAACCAUUAGUACUUUGAAACAGAAAAAGAUAUUCCUUAAAAGUACAGCUUUUCCAUUCAAUAGUCCUGAUGGCAUCUUGGGAUCUGAAAGUCUCAAAUGGGAGCAGGCAGCCCCAAACCUUUGUUUUAAUACUCGGCAGAAACAAACCACAAAUAAUUAUCACUUGGAACUUCCUACUGUAUUUUCAAAUAAAAGUUCCUCAUUUGAUCUUAAUAGGUGACUUAGGGAGGGACAAAACAAUUGCUUCAUGGCACAGUUUACUUGAAAUAGAUAAUUCUUAAUUGAAUUGACCAGUAUCCCUUGGGUAUAAAUGAACAACCCAUGUUCUUAUUUGAAAUUAAAACUAAACCAGAUAAUGCUUUUCAAAGUGAAACAUCUUACUCUGAGGAGCUGCUGCAUACUUACGCUUACUUGUACCCUUAGGUGGAACUAGAGCAAUAUUUAUUUUUCCAUUUAGUGGUUAUCCUUUUCCAAGCAGCUCUCUGCAGGAUCAGUGUCUCCAAGUUUUAUGAUAGCUUUUCCUUUUUUUUUUUCAUUUGUGUAUCCUUAAAAAAAAUGUGCAUGCUGUCUGGUGUCAAGAGCAAGACAAAUUAACUUGAGCUGCUAUAGGGAACUAGAAAAUGAAGUAUUCCAUAACUGACAAACAGCUUGAGAUGACUGGACAAGUUCCCUCUUUAUUCAUCUAAAAUGUGCCAGUUGUUUAGCAGAACAUCCCUGAUAAUGCGAGUGAAUUGCAGGGUAAAACCCAGUUGGAUGUCAUCAUGUGCAGUACUUAAAUGAGAACACUGAGGGAUUUUGUGUUUCCAAGGGAAAGAAUUGUCAUUGUUGUCUUCUGUUUUGUGUUACUUGAAGUUCCCCAAGAAAGUUUCCUCUUAGGAGGAAUAAUGAAGUUAAUAGUAAGAAUGGUUUAUGACUGCUCUUUUUUAUUUGAAAGCUUUUCUACUUCUCAAAAAAUGUUUGUUCACCAUCCGCUCACUAAUUGGCCAGACUGAGGAGGCACUAAAAAAACCAUAGGAAUUAUGGUUGUCUAAUACCAGAGCAUUUACAGCUUCCAAGGCCUUUGCUCCAGGCCAUCUGCUGUGAGAUACGGGCAGAAGCAAAUGAGAAUAUAAUGGGAAAAGUUGAAAGAAGGGAAAGUAAAAAAACCCAAAACCAGCCCAAAAAUGUAUUUUCACUUUUUUCCUUUAGAUAGAAGUAAAGAAAUGUCCCACUGCCAUUUCUUAAUGAGGCAAGGCUUUAGGCCCUAGGAAGUAAGAACAAAGAUACACCAAAAAAAUCCACUCUGAACUAGCAGAGGGGUUGAUAGGUGUAACCUGGGCCCAGACCUGUAGGUACCCAGUUCGUGGUAGUUGGGAGUGGGGCUGCUGCUGAGCCUCGUCCCCAGUGGGCUGCAGCUGUGCAGGACAGGUAAUAGUGGAGGCAGUGAGCCAUGGAGUGCCCAGGGGCACUGACCGAUCACCAAAGGGAACAGAGGGCACACAGGUGCAGUGCAUGAACCAUGAGGGUAUAAAAGGUUGGGCUAAAGAACAAGAUGGGCAGAUGCCUGGAGCCUUCUGAAGUGGUGUGGUGUUAGUCUGUAUGGGUUGAAGCCCUCUGCUAUUGUAUGGUGAUGCUCUGUGUGUCGUGGCCAUCUCAGCUGCGACAUACGCAGCGGCACAGUGCUACCCCGGUGUGUGGUUGCUGUGGAUCAGUGCUGGAUGACACCAGGGGAACAGGAUUGCUCCACACAAGGUUAGGACUGUGUCUUCCAGGACUUUCCUCCAAGCUAUUUUCUCUUGGGCUUCUGGUAGACACUGCUGGUUAUUUUUGGAAAUCAUCAUUCUGAAGGUAGGAUGACUCUUCCUGCUGCUCUAAAGCCCCAGUGUCCUUGGCAUCAUUGCUUUGAAGUUUUGCGGGGUCACUGCUAUGUGAUGAUGCUGGGAAGGAAAAAAAGCCAGAUUAUCUGCAGGCUUGUUUAGUGCAUAAACCUGAGUUCUGUCAAGUGACAUUGUCAAAAGUUGCAGUUUAAGUUUCUGUAUGAAGUCUGGCUUGUGCAGGUUCUGGUUUCUUCAUGUCUCAAUGGGGCAUGUGACCCCUGGUAUCACUGUCAUUUCCUCUAACAUGCAUUGAAUCAGGAUUCCAGACCCUGCUGCUAGGGAAUAAUGUCUGAUAUAGGGCAAGUGUGAAAGAACUUUUAAAUAGUUCUUUAGAGUAUAAUUAUGGAAAUAGCCUUUGGGACAGCCAAGGGUCUUCAAAAUCCAAAUUUCCCAAAGUGAUGCAAAGUGCUGGCUUUGGCACUUGAGGCUGAGAACAGUCCUUGUCCCAUUUACCAGCAAAAAGCCCAAAGUUAAAUAUGUCACAAAGUUCACUUAAAUCUGAACUAGUAACAUCAUGAAACAUCAAGUAGGUAUAUACAGCCAGUAUCACAGCUUGUGCAGCCGAGCUCCUGCUGGCAGUAUGUAGUGACAGGGAACAGGUGAAGAAACACCUUUAGACUCCCACAGCGCUUGGGGAUGCUUUGAGGCAUUGCUGAGAGAGAGCCAGGAGUAGGAGCUGACAGUUCAUCCUCCAUAAGGAACUGUGCUGGGCCUGCUGGGACUUGGCCCACAGACCAACUGGAACCAUUGGGCUCUACCAAAAUGCCCGUGACUAAUCUUUCCUGCCCAUGUUUUUAGGCCAAGCAGGAGGGGUUUUAGGAGGUCUUUGCUGCUUUUCUCUGUGUUAUUCUCUUAGGUCACUGUCGUGGUACAGCCUCUCAGGAAAGCCAGCCAGCUUUGCUGAAUGGUCUAGAAAUUGGACUGUAAGGCAUUUCUGCUCUUUUAGCAGCACUCUUUCAGACAGCCAUGCUUCGAGUUACACAGUCUGGGGGUUCUGUUGAGCAUAUAUAAUGCCUUUGGAGCCAUAAGCCAUAAAUUUAGCUGUGAAUUUAAUUUUUCAGUUCUCUACUAUAUACUUAGCCUUUUGCUAGUGGGAGAGGAAAGAAGAAACAAAACACGUGUAGAGGGGGAUGCAGACAAGAUGAUUGCAUGUUCAGUUAUAGUUGUGUGUUGAACUUCUGCUAAUGAGGGAGACCAGGUGCCAAGCUGUUUUGAGCCAGUAUAUCAUACUACUGCCUCUGCUUUCAAGCUCAGCCUUCCCAUUUGGGCUAUCCUGACUGUGAGUCCCCAAGUGUGUUAUGGGAAUUUGUGUCGGAGAUCCAGCUCCUUGUAUUUUUCUGGCUGUGGGAACAACAGGAUAUUCCCAUACCCUUUUGAGGUAGAGGUGCUUGAGAUUUGUCUUGUGACUGCAGUCUCCUGAUAAGUGACUCAGUUUCAGCAGUUGAUGAAACCAGGUUUUAAUGAAUGCCAAUAUAGGGUGUUUUAUUUUUAAAUCAGCAGUCUACUAUCUAAGCCAGGUGAGCUGUGCCUAAACAUUGCUUUCUGUCAGAUUAAGCAUAGUCUACAUGCAGUGAGUUGGUAACCCCAGGUCUGCAAGACAAAAUUUUCUGCUAAAAGUGGCAUUGCAUGGCUUCCAUGCUGAAAGCCAUCAUGAAGUAGUCAGAUUGUCAACAAGGAUUGAGGCUGUUCCCUGAUGGCUUGUAAGUGAUCCUUUUGGACCAGGGCCAGCGGUGGGCAUAGUGGUGUGAGCGGUCUCACUUGGAUGUGUCCCAGUAUUUGAAAACUUUCUGACUCAUGUGAAUAGCUGAAGAGAAGCUGCUCAAUAAUAAAUAUAUUUUAACUUUUCUCAAUACAUAAGCAUUGCUAUGACUGCAAAGGUACUUGAAGCAUAGGCAUGCCAUUGGAAAAGUAUAGCAGACAUUGCUCUAGAAAAACAGCUAGGCAGAUUUUACUGGAUAAAGUGUUGGAAAUACCCUUUGGAAAGAUAGCAUGGAUUGUUUCUCUCUUGAUUGACCUGCUGAGUAAGUCCAUAUUCUUUGAUAGGGUCAAAGAGCUUGUGUCCCGAGCUUACUGUAUAAAAAAGCUACAAACUAAGAAAGCAGGUUUUAUGUGAAAAUAAGUAUUGGAAGCCACAACCAGCACUCUUAUUAAAACUUCCUUUUUGGUUCCUGAGAACAUACUAAGGCUAUUAGAAAUAAUCUACAAUUAUAUGAAGGGACUUCCACACAAAUAGACUUCUCUUUUAGAAAUAUACCUAAUUACACAUAUAUGUACAUGUAUAAAUAAUACAUAUGCACUGCAGAGCCAUUCUUCAGGAGUCUGUUAAUGUCUAUGUCAAAGGAGCCGGAAGGACAAGUAACUUGGAGAGCAAGAUUUGUCAGUUCAGCAGUUUUUGCUCAAGAUGUACAUAGGCAUUUCUAGGCAAAAUAAGUUUUCUUAGGAAUGGCUUUUAUUUAUGUGGCUGUUCUCUGAAAGGACAGCCUGUGGCUAAACCCAGGGGUGAUAGCUGAUAAUGCAAUUUCAUAUGCACGUAGCUGUGUAAAGGGCUUUAAGUUGAGUUUGGGAGGGGAGGUUCACUGUUUUCAGACAGGACUGGAGCAGUGUAAAAACUCUUCAUUUUCCACAUAGACAUGGCUAGAGAGUGGCCAUCUGCCAGAACAUUUUUGAUCAUCAAAUUUUGUUCACAUUCCAGAUGAGGGACAAAACAUAUUCCCUGUUUUAUCUGGUAUGGUUUUCCCCACCCCCAAGGAAUGUGUUAAUAUUUCAUCAUUUUGAAGAAAUGUAGUGGGCAGCAUUAAAUAUUUACGUCUCUCUGAAGUCACACAGAUGCCACCAGGACACCUAGCUCUACAUCACACAUGCUCUAAUUCACCCUAAACACCCACUGUUUACUAAUCUUCAGCCCCCGUCUGUGCCGAUAAUGAGAAAGAGGAAAUGGGAACAGCAGGGAUUAUAUGCUACUGAGAAGUCCCAGUUUCUGGUUGUAAUUCUUUCAACAAACUCUUGCAGACUGUGCUCCUGCUUUGAAGUUUGAACACCUCUGUAUUAGUGCCUGGCUCUGGUGAUUUGGCUGACAGAUCUGGGCUUGGUUGGUUUAUUUGUGGUUGCACGUUCACAGUUCCACAGGAUGGUUUACUCUUGCACUCGCCUGUGGUGUGCCUGCUCAAAACUGGGGCAGUGCAGAUUGUUUUGCCUGAGCACUGAGAUGUUUAUUGCUCAAAUUUGCUGGUGACAGGUUCCAGAUAGAAGACAGUCCUCACCAUAUCCACUGUUGUGUCUGUGUGUAUAGUCAUAGCCAUAUUGGUGAAUGGGGUGAUUUUCUACAUAGUGAAUAAAUAGGGCCUGUUUUUAUAAGGCAGAAAGUAUUUGUUGGUCUUGAAUGCUGGGUUUCAGCAUGCUCUGUUAGUCUGGAUCAUCAUGUCCAGUAUACUCAGAUGUGUGGGUAGUGCAAGUUUCUAAUCUAAACCAAAAACUUCAGAGCCCAUGAUUGCCUUCUUAUCCCCAUAGCACAGGACAAGCAAAUAAUUUGUGUAAAUAGCUUUACAUCGGUUUCUCUUAACAUCUUUCUGUGGCUUAUCUGUCAGGCAACUGCGCAAGUUGUUAUUGCUGCUGGGGUGGUCCUUUUUCGUAAAUCAAACACUGUUUGAUGUCAUGGCAAGUGAGAGGAAGUCAAUUUAUGGCUUUAAAAACAACUUGUGCCAUCUGUAGGGUUACUAAUACAUGUCUCCAUGAAGUACCCAGGUUUACAUAAAGGAGAACUUCAUGUAUGCUUUCCACUCAGAAGCUAAAGAGAUAGUUUUGUCUUGUGUAUGUGUGUAUAUAUAUGUAUUUGUAAGGUGAGGCAUAGCAUUAGUGCAAAUGGUUGGCUUACACGUGAUGACUGCCAAAAAGCCCUGUUAGAGCUUGACUCCUCUGAAAGGUGCUAGCCAACAGAUUCCUCAUCUGUGACAAGGAUGGAGAAAUAAAUGGUUUGUUUACAAAGGGUGAAAUUUAUCAGGCUUCAGAUGUUUCCCUUCUUGUUUUAGUGGUCCACAGUCAGAGUUGACAGAUGCUCUGGUGUCAGCGGUGACUCAGCAAACCCCGCUGUGCCAGAGCUUUGCGGACACAGUGGGUCCCCCAGUGUCACACAGCUGCCUUUGCUGUCCCUGCAGUGCCUCUCCAUGCCCCCAUGCAGCACUCUGAGCUUGGCUGGAGCAGCACCCUGGGAGGCUGUUUUCUUUGGGCAUGGAUUAAAAGUGGCUGCAAGGCUGCUGCGAGUUACCUGCUGGGUGAGCAAAUUCCUCCCAUCUCGAACAAUCCCAAGUGUCUGGGGGGAUAUGAAAGUAUAUUUGCCCCACCAGCAGCUCCAAGCACAGUUCUGGCACAGUCAUUGUGUGUUACUAGAUCCUCACAGAGAGGUUGAGACAUUAAAAGUGACUUUGUAAACGUAGCCCCUUCUUAAAAUGGAGAGAAAUAACCCAUCUCUUGUCAGGGAUCUGGACUGUCUGAAAGCUCCUGGGGGAGCAGCUGGGUGAGGACAAAGAGGCAGUGUGCUAAGAGCAAGCAUGGCCACUUCCUGAACUCUUCAACUUCCCCUCAGUGCCUCUGGAGCUCGCGGUCUGGCGUGUCAUGUCUCUGCACGCUUACCGAGGGGAAGAUGCUUAAGCUGCAUGAGGCUCACAGUGCUCUCAAGUUUCUUCCAGUGUAAAUAAUACCUUGGCCAUUUGGCCCAAAACCUUCACUGGGGGCAGAGCAGGUGCAUCUGCAGACAUGUGUUUGCACAUGCUUCCCUACUACAGCUGCAGGAGCUCAGAAGUGCAGGCAUGAGAAGGGUGUGUGUGUGUGAGUCUCAUGCAAAAGCAUCCAUUUUAUGGGCUAGUUUCUUGGGUUUUUUUCAGUCAUGCACGUAUCUCCUUAUGCAAGGGUGUCCUGUGCAUGUUUACACAUAAAAUAACUUGUAUCUUUUAUUAGCUGGGGUAAUUUGUUUAAAAUUUAGCUGCUGCUCUGUAAAUCCUGUUGUUGCUGCCCCUUUGCCAGAGGUCACUACUCUCACAUCUCUGUGGAUAGGGGAGAUUAUUAAAACCAUUGUUACUCCAUUUCCAAUUAUUUUAACCCACUGAUAUAAAUUACUAGAGCUAGUUUGGCUCAUUUGGUAGUGAUGAACUAGUGAGAGGUGGUAAGAAACCCUGAGGCAGCAGAUGGGAAUGUAAUCCCUGGCUGGUGGUCACCAGGAGGCUGCUCACAACAUUGAUGUCUUCAUCUGGCACAGUUUAAUUAUAAAGAUGACAUUUUAGUGGAAACCUCUUAAUUUAUGUAGAAAUUGCAUCGAAUUCAUCUACCCAUGGGUGAAAAAGCGGCUCCGGUUGGCUUGCUCUGGGACUUUCGCUGUAGCCAUGGUUUUGUGUGACAGCCUGGGUAGUGGCAGAGCCAGCUUCCUAGUAGCACUUGUCUGGUUUUGCCUGGAAGUGAGAAAAGGGAGGAAAAAAAUCUGAUGAGCUUUUGACCACUAGAUCAGCUCCUCAGUGUGGUCCAUGGCACAGGCUGUGGAACCACUGUGCCGACACACUUGAGGCAGCUGUAGGGUGCAGUGGGAGAACUGAAUGGUGGAGGCAGGACAGCCACGAGUGAGUGUUGCUGCCAAAAGAUUUGCAUGCGAAAUUUGCAGCAUCGCCAUCUCUUCACUCUCUUCCUUCCUUCAGUGUUUUCACAUUCACACUUAGGUACAGCUAAAGCAAGUCUGUGCCCCAGCAAAGAACUUUGCAGUCAGUCUGUAAGGGAACCCCUCUGGGUUUGUAACCCACCACUUUCACACAGCCUUACCAGGCUGAUCAGUCCCCCCGGCAUUGUAUGUUAUUUCAGCUCGCACUAAAUAAGGGAAUGCGACAUUAAUCUUCACCCUUCCAUUAGCUUGAUUGACGAGUGUUUAGUGUUUUCCACAAGGAGCAUCUUCCAGCAGAGCAGUAUCUCCUUGCUGACUCUGGUGUGACCAUUCUGCCUCUACUGUGACAUGGUAUCUUCAAACUUUACCUCCAGACUGUGUCAGUGCACCUGGUGGUGCACUCAGGGUUAGAUUGCCUUUCCAAAAUUUGUGCCUUAAAAAAAGUUCUGAUAAAGCACCACCUCUUGACUAGUCCUGUAAACAUAGUGCUCUAACACAGGACUUUACUGUCCUUCCUUUUGUGACAUAUGUUCAGACCCGUUUGCCCAGUGCUAGAUAACAAUAUGUGGAUGCACACUGAUACAACCGAGAAAAUUUCUACUCUUCUGAAGACAUAAACUACUUUUCAUAGGACUCAAACUUCUGUUUGCUGUAUUCAAAUGAAAGUAUUUCUGAAAAUUGCUGAUGACUGCAUCUGUUUGAAUCCAUCAAUUCACUGCCACUCUGAACAUUUGAUAAACAAAUACCCUUGAACUGAAAUUUCCCAUGCCUGCAGUGUAAUUACAUUCUCCACUACUGCAUUUGUUUUCCCUUUAAAAGAAGGGGGGGAGGUAUGCUGAGUAUACUGUGGCAGAAUCACAUUCAGCAUUUGGUAUUAAUAUACAGUACAAAAAGGUCCAUUGAAUCAUGGAGUGACUCAGAAGGCAGUCGAGGAGGGCUUUUUGGCUAUGCAGAAAUGUCAGUGGUUCAACAUGAGAUCAGAAAUUUCUUUAAUGUGUUUUGAGGGACAGUUAGUUGUUUCAUCUGAUGUUAAAACAUAAGCAAGGCGAGUCUAGCAAGGUGCAUUGAGGAAGCGGGUGUCACAUGCUCCUCCACAGGAAACGAGGCUGGAGCUGCUGGGGAAGUUCAGAACUGGGUGACCUCCAACAGAUUCAAAUAGCACAGGAUUGUGCAACCUGGGAAAUGUUACUGCCAUUUAACUAACUUCAGAAAGUGUACUCUGGACUGAAUUGACCAGACCUCUUCUAUGCAAGCAUCUCUUGCUGGUGACCAGGUUUCUUAGCAAGAGCAGACAGAGCUCAGCCUUCCACCAUGCCUGUGCCUCCCCCUCCAGCUCCCCCUCCACCCCCAACACUGGCCUUGGCAAAUACUGAAAAGCCAUCCCUAAGCAGGUCAGAACAGGCAGGGCGAAAUGCUCUAUUAUCUGAUAUUACCAAAGGAAAAAAGCUCAAGAAGACUGUUACUAAUGACAGAAGUGCUCCAAUUCUAGACAAACCCAAAGGAUCUGGUGGAGGUGGUGGCGGUGGCUUUGGAGGAGGUGGCAGCGGCGGGGGUUUUGGUGGUGGCAGUGGUGGCGGCUUUGGAGGCGGUGGACCACCUGGCCUUGGAGGCCUUUUUCAAGCAGGAAUGCCAAAGCUCAGAUGUACUGCAAGUCGAGAUGCUGACGCCGGGGGAGGCCGGCCGCCCGUCCUGCCGCCCGGAGGCCGCUCCGCCGCCGCCAAGCCCUUCUCCGCGCCGAGCGGCCCGCCGCGCUUCCCGGGGCCGCCCUCGGGGCCGCGCACCGCCGCCCCGGACCCGCAGAGGAGCCGCGUGCCGCCGCCGAGGCCCGACGCCGGCUCGAAGCCCGAGGCGGCGCCGCCGCCGGUGCCCAGCACGCCCCGGCCCAUCGCCUCCAGCCUGCACAACCGGGGCUCGCCGCCGGUGCCGGGGCUGAGCCGGCAGCCCAGCUUGGGGCCCACGCCCCCGCCCUUCCCGGGCAGCCGGGGCGCGGGGUCGGGCUCGCCCCUCCGGCAGCCGGGCCCCGGCGCGGCGUCCCCCUUCUCGGGCCGGCCGCCGCUGCCGCCCACCCCGGGCCGGCCGGCGGAGGACAAGCCGCCGCCCCCGCCGCCGCCCCCCGCCGGGCACCGGCCGCCCGCCGCCCGGGAGGCGUCUCUGCCGCCGCCGCCGCCGCAGAACAGCAAACCGCCCGUGCCCGCCGCCCCCCGGCCCGCCCUCGGCGCCCCGGCGCCCCCGCUGCCCCCCAGCAGGCCGGGGCCGCCCCCCGUCCCGCCCGCCCCCGCCGGCGGCGACGAGAUGCCGCGGCUGCCGCAGAGGAACAUCUCGCUGGGGUCGUGCCCGGCGCCCGGCGGGGGCCGCUCCGGACCGCUGCCCCCGCCGCCCGGAGAGAGGCCGCCGCCGCCCGUCAGAGACCCGCCCGGCCGCUCAGGCCCGCUCCCACCGCCUCCUCCCAUAAGCAGGAAUGGAAGCACUUCGAGGGCUUUGCCCAGCACUCCCCAGCUGCCCUCCCGGGCCGGGCUGGACAGCCAGAGAGGCGGGCCACGACCUCCGCUGCCCCCCGACCGGCCGGGCUCGGCCGCGCCGCCGCCGCCACCGCCGCCUUCGGCAGCUGUCAGGAACGGCUUCCAGGAUCCCGGCGAUGAUGAAUGGGAAAGCAGAUUCUCUUUUCAUCCGAUAUCUGAUUUGCCACCUCCAGAGCCAUAUGUACCCACGAACAGAAGUUAUCCCAGUAAACUAGCAAGAAAUGACAGUAGAGGUGGUUCUGUCCGAAAAGAAAGAGGUGCCCCUCCGCUCCCGCCUAUACCAAGGUGAAAUGGGUUCCGGCCCAUCUUUGGGUGACAUCUGUUCUCAAGUUUCCUUCGAGUCAGCUCUCCUGUCCACAUGACUGGAAAGUUGUCUGUCGUGAUUGAUUUCCACUUUUGGCUUGUCAGCUGGAACAAACUUCAGUCUCUAUUACAGAAGUAACAGAUGUGGCUUAUGGACUAUAGUUGCUCAAAGCUCUGAAUUUUAUUCGCUUAAACUGCAGGCAUUUUGUGGACCCUACAGAACAUACAUGCAUCAUGCUUACCAUGUCCAACCCCGUCCCCUGGAGAGCUCCGUGGGAGAUCUGGCUUUGAAUUUGAUAGAGCUUGAACAAAGCUGUUUCCUUCACUUUGGGUACAGUAGCUGUUUUAUUUUAAUGAUAAAGUAUUAGAUGUUUAAAAAAACAGUUGCUGGGUAAAAAGUGUAGCCAAGAGUCCCCUGGAUCCUUCUUUGCAUGCCUAACUCAGCCUAUCUGCUUCUGCAAGCCAUAGACCUACUACAUGGUGACAAAGAGUUCAUCUUUAACUUUUUUACUUCAGCUUAGUCAAGCAAAUCUUAAACAAUGCACAACAUAUCCUGCCUCAAGGAUGGAGUGUCCCUGGCCUUGUUUUUAUCUGCAGAGAAUCUUCCAAAGAAAAGCACAAGUGAAGAAUUCAUCAGCAUAAAAAAAAAAUAUUUUUUAACCCUCUUUCCUAUUUUUUAAUAGUGCUAUGUGCUCUGUGCCCUAAUUCUCUCUUACUCCUAUGUGGACCAAUCUGCAUCACGUCAUCUGUGCCUUGGAUUGCUGUAAUGCCCUCUGCCUGAUAGUGCAUGUGAAGAGUCCUCAGAAGGCAGUCUGAGUGCAAACGCAGCAAUUAGUGUAGUUGCAGGCUCCUCCUGUAAAGCAUCACUAAAGCCAGUGCUCCACAGACUGCUUUCCAGUUGUUUCUUUGGUACAACUAAAUGAUGGGGUUUGACUUGGCACUUAGGUCACAAGUCUCAGAGAGCUUGUCUUUGACUUCGAUUAUGGUAGAGCAGACGAGGUAAAAAACAUUCCUCAGUGAAAGCCUUUUGAUGUUGAGAGGGGGGUCCAGGAUUUGUACACUGAAGUGGGACCAUCCAAAAUUUGCUGUCUGCCCUGGUUCAAGAGAAAUGGAAAGAUUUGAUCUUCUGAGUUGGCCAUGAAGCUUGUCCUUUCAAACUUUGCUGAAAGGAGUCUCUACAGAGAGCUGCAAGGCUUAUGGAUAGAAGAAAGAGUAAAGUAUUCUAACAUUGUGGCAAGUGGUUAACAUGUUUAAUGGCUUUUGAAUUUUGUGUGUGAGAAAAGAGCUCAUUGUAUGAGUGAACUUUACAAGUGGAUCUAAGUGCAUAUAAAAUGCCUUUGGAAAUUAGAGGAAGAUUAUAAUUCUGGAUUUGAAAUAUCAGUGAAUGAUAGCUCCUUGUUAAUUGGACCUCUGAAAAAAUAAUCCUCUCAGUCUCAUCAGCAGUAUGUUUCUUCAGCGUUUUCCUUGGGAUCCCUACCAAGCCUGUGUCAGCAGCUAUGCUUCACAGGGUGUUGCUCAAAAAAACCCAAAAUAAAACAUAGAAAGUAGUCAUGUAGGUUAAGAAAAUGUUUCUCUAGCAUGGGAGAUAUCAUCCUAAGUACACUCUGCAAGUAGAAUGAGGUCAGUCCUUGAAAGUCUAGGGAAUUUAGCCAAAGAGAGUCUAGACCGUGCUGAAAUGCCUGUGAAUAGGGCUUUUUGCUCUGUCUGUGAGCAGGGAGGGGCAGAUCCGCUUUCUGCCUGGCAGCCCGGACAUCACAUUGAAGGGGAUGAGACUAGAGUUGGAUUUGCCAGAUCAAAUUUAAUUUGGUCUUUUCAGUGUUUGUUUACAAAAUCUUGUUAGCUGUGACAGCAUUUGACUAUGUACCUGUUUUUUACAUUUUUGUAUCUAAUGACCUAUUUUUAGUUACUGUUUAUGGUCUUGAACCUGCAAUUACAUGCGCAGGCGCAGGGAUGUAUCCACAUCCAGUUGCAGGAUCGUGGCUGUAAGAGUUCUUUAAACAGAUACUGGUGGGACCUCCAUGUGACAGGUGCACCUUGGGAUCAAACCUGGCACAAUGCUGAAUUUGUAUAUGUAUUUUAUAGAUGUCACUUAAAGUGCUUGUCUCUUUAGGAUAUUAUUUUGUGAAUAGAAGUCCAAAUAAGAUUUUUUAGGCUAAUAACUUAAAGGAUAAAUUAUUGUAUUCAUAUUUUGAAACUGAAGCACUUAAUACCUUUCUAAGGAACAAUAGUUUGAAUUUAAGAAUACAAUAUUUUCAGUACCUUGACUUGCCAAAUCCUUGUUAAUAUCCAAAUAGCCGUGUAGCCAAAAAAAAAAAACAAACCACCCAACCCUCCAGAAAUGAUAUUUUUUUAUAACUUACCUGCUUCCAACAUAACUGUUUUACUUUGGUAAAUCAAUGAAAAUGCUGCCCAAUGUUCUUCCAAUACUCUGUAUCAUUUAAAAAAUCCUGUAUUUGAUCAUUUCAGCAAGGUUUUCUGACCAGAAAUCUGGACCACUACCAAAGACUUGGAAAACCAGCUUCAGUUUCACUUUAAAAUGUGCUGUGUAAAAGGCCCCCAGUUAAAAAGCCAAGAAUCCUGAGCUGCUUAGGUUUUAGCAGUUAUUUUUUACUCUAGAAACCUCUUCAGAAUAGCUGUUUGACAUAUAUGUAAAAUAGCUUAAUACUGCAGAAAGGGGCAUUUUUGUUCAUGUAACAACAGCAUUUCCAUUUAUACAUUUUGCUGUAAAAGUCCCUUGAUAUAUUCCAGAACAGUGCAGCAUUUUAUCAUUCAAUAUAUUGCUUCAUGUAGCAGUAGCUAUUUACAAUAUGAUCAGUAUUAAAGUAUUUAUUUCACUAUGAAGUGUUAAAAAAGAAUAAUACAAAACAGGUUGAAUCAAUGGUGCCUUAUGAAUUUUUUAGUCAAUUUUUCUGUGUCGAAGUAGAAGAAUUAAUAGACAUUGCUCUUCCAGGUCCUAACUAAAUAGUGCCAAAGUAGCAUUUUACAGUGUUUGAGCCAAGCCCUGCUGUUGUUGUGUGCUCAAUCUGCUAACUGCAGGUGGAGCUCAGUGCAUGGAGAGACCACUGGAUCAGUGUGUAGGUGAGGUGUACGUGGGCACUGGUUGGCUUCACAAUCAAUUGCUGGUAUUGCUCUCAAAGUUCAGACCUGUCCCAAAACCAGUGUCUGACGCUGCUGUCCACACAGCCCAGCUGACUUCAGUCAGUGUGGUUGCAUAGGUUACAGAAGUAAAUUUGAUUCACUGCUUGCAUAUAAGAUUUGCUGGGUUUGUUUCAAUGGCAUUGUAUUAUAAACCCUCACAUCUCAACCUCUCUUCUUACAUUACCACUGAGGCUCGCACUGUGUGACAAUGGCCACGGAUGUCUGGUUUUGUUUCAUUCAACUCUGUAAAUAAAAUGAGAAUAACUUUUGUACCAUGUAAAAAUAAUUUCUGCUCUAUAUUUUUGGAAGAAAAGCACAUGUUAUCUUUGUUAUGACUUCCUGCACCAGCCAUUGGGAGAAGAGGUCCCAGUGAUGAAUGUUCAGAGUUGCUAAAGGAAACUCAGCUUGUGAUUCAGGAAGUGUAUAUUUCUAUAAAUGAAAUAAAUAACAUGGCAAAGUUCUUGUUUAAAAGCCAGCAUUUCCCAACACUAAAAGAAUCAUAAGGUUUGUUUUUUCUUUUCUGCAAGACAGCACUGUGAAAGAAGUUCCUUAUAUUGUCGGUUAAAAAACUGGGCAGUAGUUUCUCCUUGCAGCAUGUUUGCAUGACACUUGUAGAAGUAGAUCUACCUUGGAGCAGGGGAUAAAGGAGGUAAACUGCUAUCAUGCAUCACAUGUAUUGUAACACAACAAUCUUCUGUACAGAAGUAUGGAAAUAGGAAGGGUACUUUUUGCCUUGGAGAUAAAGAAUAGAGUUGAGUGAUCAAACAGAUUCUUUUUAAGCAGAAUGUCAAAUGCUGAGAGACCUAGAGAGGGCCCCUUGGUCACCGGACACUGGAAAAGAGAAGAUUGUUCAAGGAAAUAAAAGUCAACUGGCUGAAUGUUGUUACCAGUACUAGAGUAAAAAAUACGGUAUCAAAUGUGCACUUUGGAGUUCCACGUGGCAGUGGUGUGAACACCUUCACCUCAUACAGCGGUACAUUGACUCCAUGUAACACAGAUUGGGUGAGCCUUCGUCUUUCAAAUGGUGUUCAUCAGAAAAUAAGGAGAAUCUCUCACCUAAGAUAUCCAGGAGCACUUUAUGUGCAAAUUCAUGGAAUGGUUCUUCAUGUACACUGGAAGAAAACAGGAAUCUUGUAGCCUGUAAGAUGGAUGUGUUUGGACCAUUCAGUUAAAAUCUAAACUGGAGCGUCGGCAAAGAGGGGAGUGUUGGAAUAACUCAGGCAGAAGCAGGGCAUGUGUGUAUGGUCUCAGUGAGUAUGCAGCAGGUAGGUAUGCAGAUGUAAAAAGCAAAAAUGGAAACCGCAUGUCUUAAGGGAGUAACCUUUUAUGUAUGUUGUCAUUUUGAAAUACAGUUUGUCUGUGGUAAAUAUUCCUUAGUGUAAACUAAUGCGUGCAGAGGAAGACAUCUAAAUUUGGACUUCCAAAGCUACACAAGAGGGAGGGAAGCAUAAAACAGGCUGAGCAAAAAGUAACAUUUCUAUCAGAUGCUUAAAGUUUGAGCUUUUUAUAAAAUAUUAAUCUAGUUCUGUGAAUUUUUUGCUUAACAUUUAUUUUGUAAGUGAUUUUGUUCUUAUUUUUCUGUCCUAUACCAAAUAAAUUUUACUUUUAUUUAAUCGGUGGUGCAGACUGUUACAUUGAAGACAUACACAGUUACUUCUUUGACAAAAACACUUGUUGGCUUUAGCAGGAGCAUAGCAGUGAACCUGGAAGGAGCUGGGGUGAGCUGUUCCCCUCCUCUCCUGUUUGCCAUUGGACAGCAGCACAGCAGUAAUUCUCAGAGGACUUUGGUCCUACAUACAAUGAAGGACACCUGCAGAUAAGGAGAAAUAAUGAGUUUACUUUAGGAUAAAGAAUGAUUGAAAACCAGUGGUUUGUGAUGCUGUACUUGUAGGUGGCUGCUGGGUGAGCUGUGGCCAUUGGCUCUUGCAGGGCAAGCUAGGCACUUGCCAGGGGAAGAUGACAUGGAAAAUCACUGUAGGUAAGUGUAGAUUUUUAUUUGUUGUGUCUCCACUCACAAGGCAGAAAGGUGCCAGAGUAAGAAACAAAUUAAACUCUCCUUUUGACUUUGGA